UAUAGCGCUCCCCUCUCCCACUCUCAGGUUACUUUAGGGAAGAGUUUGCAGACCUGCAGAGCGUGUGCCCUUCCCUCCCCGUCAAUGUCUGCGCCUGCAGCGCUCUGAGGAGACAACCGGCCCGAGCGAUUGGAUUGGGCAGCCUUUGCCUUGACACAAGUUGCUGCUGCAGCCGCUGCCGAGUGUUUCAGGACGUGUUUCAACAGAUGGUUGGGGUUAGACUGUGUCAUCAUCACGUUGGAGUGGGGAUUAGAUGAGGAACGGCGUGAUCCACUGCCCUGCUGCAAGGGAGAAACUUAUGAAAAGACGCCUUGCCAGUUGUGUGGAAAUAGGGGAAAAAAAGAGUGGGUGCCCCCCUGUCUAUGAGGUAACAGCUUGUCCUAUAUUCUGCUUUGGACUCUGGUUUACUGCUUCAAGGUUGUUCUAAGAUCAUAUCUAAGAAAAAAACGAGCAAUUUCGCAGCGUAUCUAUAAACAGGUGAGUAAAGAUUUACAUCUAUUUGGACACUCCUGAUUAGUAUCAAUAAAGGGCAAUUGUGUUAUUUAACUAACCCCUACUUCUCAUAGUAGCAAAACAAAGUAGUACAAUUUUCUACGUGUGUUCCUGUGUGUUUUUCUCUGACCAUCAUGUUAAGUCCCCCUAAUUUAUCCAGCACUACUGACCAUUCUAACUACUUAAUAAUGAAUGAUAUAGAUGUGGACACUGAUUCAGAGUAAGACAGAAUUAGGGUACAUUUUCCCUUGAAGGUUCCUUAUACAUUAUAAGCAUUCUAUGUUCAUAAGAUGUUGAUGGCUGCUUUGGAUAGCUGACAAUGCAAAAACAGAAGGCAGAAGGAGACGGCCUUUGAAUCUAUUUUGUCGAUCCCCAUUACUUUUGUUUCCUUGGAGAAAAAAUACACGUACAAAAAAAAAAGCAUUCUAUGAACUUCAAGAAAUCAUCCAACAUCAUCUGGUUAUAUAGAAGCCACCGUCUGUGCAGUAAUGAAGUUUUUGGGCUUUGCGCUUGUCUUUAUACUGCUUCAGAUGGAGCUGCCUGUGGGCCAUGGUUCUUCACUCAAAGGCUCCAGAGUCAGAGGGCGAAUACAACCCGACAGGAGGAAUAUCAGGCCCAAUAUUAUUCUCGUUUUAACUGAUGAUCAAGAUGUGGAGUUAGGUUCGUUGCAGGUGAUGAACAAGACAAGACGGAUCAUGGAAGAAGGAGGAGCUUCAUUCAUCAAUGCGUUUGUGACCACGCCCAUGUGCUGUCCUUCUCGCUCUUCGAUGCUAACAGGGAAAUACGUUCACAACCACAAUAUAUUUACGAACAAUGAGAACUGCUCUUCUCCGUCCUGGCAAGCCAUCCAUGAACCCCGCACAUUUGCUGUAUAUCUCAAUAACACAGGCUACAGGACAGCUUUUUUUGGAAAAUACCUCAAUGAGUAUAAUGGAAGCUACAUCCCUCCUGGGUGGCGGGAAUGGCUUGGACUAGUGAAGAACUCUCGCUUUUAUAAUUAUACCAUGUGCAGGAACGGAUUUAAGGAAAAACAUGGAUUUGAAUAUGAAAAGGAUUACUUCACAGACUUGAUUACCAACGACAGUAUUAACUACUUUAAAUUAUCCAAGAAAAUGUACCCUCACCGUCCCAUAAUGAUGGUUAUCAGUCACGCAGCCCCUCAUGGGCCAGAAGAUUCCGCUCCCCAGUUUUCAGAGUUUUUCCCAAAUGCUUCGCAACACAUAACUCCAAGCUAUAACUAUGCUCCCAAUAUGGACAAACACUGGAUCAUGCAGUAUACAGGCGCCAUGCUUCCUAUACACAUGGAGUUUACCAAUGUGCUGCAUAGAAAGAGGCUACAGACUCUCUUAUCAGUUGAUGACUCUAUGGAGAAGUUGUAUAAUAUGCUGGUGGACAUUGGGGAACUGGAAAACACCUACCUCAUCUACACAUCAGAUCAUGGCUAUCACAUAGGGCAGUUUGGACUGGUCAAAGGGAAAUCGAUGCCGUAUGACUUCGAUAUUCGCGUUCCUUUCUUUGUACGUGGGCCUAACGUGGAACCAGGAUCAGUAGUGCCUCAGAUGGUCUUGAAUUUAGAUCUUGCCCCAACUAUUCUGGAUAUAGCUGGGCUGGACACACCUCCUGAUAUGGAUGGGAAGUCUGUUUUAACGUUGCUGGACAUUGAAAGACCCGGUAACAGGCUACGGACCAAUAAGAAGAACAAAAUUUGGAGAGAUACAUUUCUUGUGGAAAGAGGAAAAUUUCUGCGAAAGAAGGAGGAGCCAAGCAAAAGCACUCCACAGUCCAAUCACUUACCAAAAUACGAGCGAGUGAAGGAGUUGUGCCAACAGGCCAGAUACCAGACUGCAUGUGAGCAGCCAGGACAGAAAUGGCAGUGCAUUGAAGACAUGUCUGGGAAGCUUCGCAUUCACAAAUGUAAAGGGUCCUCGCACACUAUUUCACUAAAGAAGAGGACGCGGAGCAUAAAUUCAAAGGGCUAUGGAAGCAAACAUAAAGAGUGUGUAUGUGGGGAAGCAGAUUACAAGCCCAGCAGAAGUCAAAAGAAGAAACAGAGACUUUUCAUGAGAACCCCCGGUGCUAAAAAAUUCAAUCCUCGUUUUGUCCACACUCGACACACACGCUCACUUUCUGUUGAGUUUGAAGGUGAAAUCUAUGACAUAAAUCUGGACGAUGAAGAGGACCACCAGUCUUCCCAGCUACGAAGUAUCACUAAGAGGCAUUAUAUUUCUGAGGAGGAAGUAGGUGGUGAUGAAGAUGAUGAUGACAAUGGAGAAGACGAGGAAGAUGAGGAGUAUAUGACCACUAUUCCCGACAACGAUGAGUUGAUGUUAGCUGAUGGAGUGAUUAGUGCAAGCCAAUCUGCAUCAGUCAGAGUCACACAUAAGUGUUAUAUUCUUGCCAAUGAUACUGUACAUUGCGAGAGAGAAUUGUAUCAGUCGACCAAAGCCUGGAAGGAUCACAAAGCUUACAUUGAUAAAGAGAUUGAAGCUCUUCAGGAUAAAAUCAAGAAUUUAAGGGAAGUACGAGGACACCUCAAAAGGAGAAAACCUGAUGAAUGUGACUGCAGUAAGCCUGGGUUUUACAAGAAAGAAAAAGGGGUGAAAGUGCAGGAUAGGCUAAAAGGCCGCAUGCACCCAUUUAAGGAUGGUGUGCAAGAUGUAGACAAUAAAUUUCAGAUAUUUAAAGAGAACCGCAAGAAGAAAAAGGAGAGGAAAGAGAAGAAACGUCAGAAGAAGGGAGAAGAGUGCAGCCUUCCUGGGCUGACUUGCUUUACUCAUGAUAAAAACCACUGGCAGACAGCACCAUUCUGGAAUUCGGGAUCAUUUUGUGCCUGUACGAGCUCCAAUAACAAUACCUACUGGUGUUUGAGAACCAUCAAUGAGACUCACAAUUUCCUGUUUUGUGAAUUUGCCACCGGCUUUCUGGAGUACUUUGAUAUGAACACUGAUCCGUAUCAGCUAACAAAUGCCGUGCACACCGUUGAAAGAGGAAUUCUGAAUCAGCUUCACAUACAAUUAAUGGAAUUGAGAAGCUGUCAAGGUCACAAGCAAUGCAACCCACGGCCCAAAGGCUUAGAAGCAGGGGACAUCUAUGGGACAGAUGGGAGGGCUAACUUGCCAAAUUUCACAGAGGAUGUUGACUGGAAAGGACUGGAAGAUUUGUACAGCGUAAAUGAAACUUUAUAUGGAUACAGAAACAACUAUAGACUUAGUCUGGAUGACUGGGCUAAUUACUUGAAGGAUGUAGAUAGAGUUUUUGCACUGCUGAACGGUAACUCUAAACAAACUAGAAGAAAUGAGACUUUGGUUACUCAACCAGAUGGUUUCUCAAAUGCAUCACGAUAUGAAAUGACCUCUGCAGAGUCUGAAGAAGAAUUCAGUGGUGCAGCUGCAGAAGACAGAGAACCUGUUACAGAAACAAACUUUAGUGCUUUGAAUAUGAGCAUAGCGGUAUUUAAUAACGAGAAAAAACUUGAAACGGUCAAUGAUUUUCCCGAGCAGACAGAUUUGAACCAGCCACUCUGGAGCAACAAAAACACAGAAAGGUCAACGGCUGUAGCUCCCGACCCUUAUGAAGUGGAAUUCAGUGGCAAUGGACUAACUGAGAUGGAAUCCAAAAACACCUUUCAUCUGCAGACAGAUAUUUAUCUCUCUACAGAGCGUCAACAAGACAGGAGUCUCACGAGUGGAGACAUUUUUGAAGAUCAAGUAUACCUUCCCAUUGACUCAAAGCCGGUUCACCAAAUGGCUUUACCCGCACUACAACUAGACAACUCGAAAAACCUGGAAACCACGAAUAACAUGUCUCUCUUGUGUUAUUCAGAGGAGAUCUCCAAGGACAAUGUAGAAGGCAGUGCCUUAUCCCCACUUUUGUCUGAUUAGAAUGUUUCUCAGCAACAUAACCAUGGGCACUUGACAUUCCAAGUUUUUUCAGACCAUGUGACCAUUGAACAUUUUAUUCCCCACAGUGUUAUUGUUUGUAUGGCACGGUGUGAGACUCCUAUGGCUUGUGGGAUAAACCACCACAUUCACUUCUGAUGUCCUUCACCAAAUGGGUUGGCUUUUUCCCUACUAAAUAUAUAUAUGUGUGUGUGUGCUCUUUUUCUAACCACUGGAAUUUCUUGAUAUCACAAUUAAGUUGUUGCACUUUCAGAAACGUUUAGCACCAUAUUUACCCCUUAAUUCCGUUUUGUUUACUUUUGGUGGCAUAGAGAUAUCGAAGGCACAUUGUGGAAGUAAAUAACUUUUUUUUUUUUUUAAAACCAUGUUUGAACAUCACACCAGAACUUACCUUUUGUUGUACAGGCAAAAAUGACCCCCCGACUGGCCCCGUUGGAAAGGUUAUACAAGAAAAGCCACUGGGAAAUGUUCUACUCUACUCCAGUUGCUCCUACACAAUGAAUGUUGCAUACAAACAGCAGCUUGGUGCUUAACCUUCAACUUUUUGCUAGAGAUAAACCUCUUGUUACACCAGCGUGGCACAUAUUGUAACUUUAGCUUCACUUAUAAUAAACACAUAAUAGUUCAGCCUCUUCCCAAGAGAAAAUGCCGAUCCUUCAGUCCGCGUGGAACUUAUGUCUUGUUCUUGUCAAUCAGCAGGUUGUCCAAGGAUUUUUAUGAUCAAUGCAUUUGUCCUUCAUCAUUACGCCUGUGGGGUUUGAGCUUAGUGAGUAGCAGCGGAGUUCAAACCUCACAGGUUUCUGAACCGUAUUCUGUAUAAAGUAUUCAGAGGGCGGUGGUUGCAAUGCACUGCAGGCCCCUGGGAAAAAAUAGGCGAUGUAACUUAUAGGGCAGUGCUUAUAUCAGGAAUGGCAACCCCACAGCCUCUCUUACGUAGAUGCCCUAUGUACAUAUGGUAAACACAAUGACUUGUGGCUGUACACAUACAAGUGUGAGAUGACAGAACAAUUUAUUUAUGGUUAUGAAUGAUGCUUUUUUUUUUUUUUUUUUUUUGUAAAUAGCUUUAAGAUGCUUAGGUUUCUGUGUUUUUUUUAAUCAUGUAUAGAAUUCUGUUAUACUUUUAUAGAACAAUUCUGACUUCAGGAAAGUCACGAAGCAAGAUUUCUUUAAAUAAAAAUGUGUUCAUUUUUAAAAAUU